AUGAAUGAUAUUAGCAGUUACCAAGAAGGUUCCAUAGUUCGUGUUUCUUUAAAGAACUUUGUAACAUAUGAUUCAGUAGAAUUUAAUCCUGGGCCAAAUCUUAAUAUGAUUAUUGGACCUAAUGGAACUGGUAAAAGUACUAUAGUUUGUGCCAUUGCCCUUGGUUUGGGCUGGAAUACCUCGCUCCUUGGACGUGCAAAAGACAUUUCAGAUUUUAUAAAACAUGGACAAGAUCGUGCCUCGAUAGAAAUUGAGUUGAAAUGCAAGGAUGAUAAUGUGGUGGUAACGCGUCUUCUCACAAAGGUUGAUAAUAAAACUCUAUGGAAGUUAAAUGGUGAGAAAACCACACUUAAAAAUAUUCAGAGUACGGUCGAAACAUUAGAAUCUAGGCAAAGUGACUUAUUAAGCAAAGAAGGUCUGCUUAGACAAUUGAAAGAACAAGAAACUACUAUUAAAUCUGAAAUUAGUAAAUUAAAGGAUUCUAAAAAUAAUUUACUUGAAGAGAAAAGAAAAGCUCAGCAAAUAGUGAGUAGCCACGCACGAGCAAGAGCUAAACUGGACCAAAAGAGAGAUGCCUUACAACGUGAAAUCGACUUGCCUGAGACAAUUAAAGAACAGGAGAUUUCUUUAAAAGAAAAACUUUGUGAAUCAGCAAGAGGGAAGGCCAGAGUUUUUGAUGAAUAUCAGUCAACAUUAAACGAAACUAUUGAAGUGUUUAUAAAUCAUUAA